AUGCAAAAGACAGCAAGUUCAAACCUCUCCAAGCUUCGCUUUAUGCAAAGGGGCGAAAAGCCUCGGCAGAAAACCGUGGAAGUUGCAGAACGGCUCCUCGACGACGAGGCCGCCUGGGUAAUCGAGGGAUUCGAGGAAGUCCACAAGGCGCACUGCGCUGAGGAAUCCCAGCCGAAAAAAAACCUCAACAACAGAUACGCCAGUAGGAAAUCCUUUAACGGAACUAACCCGUAUAUCGAACGCCUGAUGCAGGCGAUGCGCAAAAGGCGCUGA